AUGAGUUUUCCCCUUUUGCGCGCUGUUACCAACGCAGGUGCGAUAUUUGGUCGCUUCGCGGUUGACUGUGUGGAAGGGACCGACCACCCCCCUGAUCCAAAACAAACAGGCCCAAGUCCAACCGACCCAAAUCAAGCAGACCAAAAUCCAGCAGGCCCAAGUCCAGCAGGCCCAGAUGAAGCAGUACCAAAUCCACCAGUCCCAAAUCAACCAGUCCGGGUACCUCCUCCCCCAACUCCUCCAAGCGAACAUAAUGUUUCACCCGCUGGGCAAACCCCAGGAGGUACACCCCAAGUCGAGACCGAAGCCGAUCAAAUAAACCUCCCACUAAGUAAUGAUGUGCCUGGCUCUGAAAUGUCCGUUAUCUCCCUACCCGAUGAUGAUAACGAAGAAGAGGCAAAAGGUCCCAGUGGGACUCAUGAACCCACCCAGGGCGCAGAUAAGCCGCUAGAAAUUAGCAUCACCUCCGCCUUACUGAAAGACCACAACGGGGUGAAGAUCACCGGGCCGUGCAGUGCCGACUUCCAGCUGUUCCUCGUGCCACACAUAAUCAUCCACGUAGAAUCUGCCAAAGACAAAAUUGAGUUAAGAUCCAAAUGGGAAGAUGUAGAUAAUAAGCAGUCCAAGGGGGCGAAGGUACCAGUGGAGGAGCUGAAAAGUGGCAUCCUUUUUAAACAGCCAAAUGAAACAUUGCAAAAUAAUUGUGCGGAGGGGAAAAACUUCAAAUUCGUUUUGUACGUUCAUGAGGAUCAACUGAUCGUUAAGUGGAAGGUGUAUAAUAAGACUCCCGCGGCGACAGACAACAAAAAAGUCGACGUCAGGAAGUACCUAGUAAAAAACCUGAAGCGACCAAUUACGACGAUACAUGUGCACAGCUCGAGCGUAAACCAGACCACCUUUUUGCUUGAAAGUAAAAGCUACGCUUUGAAGAAGGACAUCCCCGAUCAGUGCGACGCGAUGGUAACCAACUGCUUCCUCAGCGGAAUUUUAGACGUCGAAAAGUGCUACCACUGCUCUUUGCUAGUUUCCAGUAAAGACACCUCCAACAUGUGCUUUAACUAUGCCUCGCCAGAUAUAAAGGAGAAGUUUAAUGAAAUAAAGGUGGAGGGACAGGACGAUGAGGAGUCGAGCGAGUACAAACUUGCGCAGGCCAUCGAUGCGGUGUUGAGUGGAAUCUACAAAAAGGAUCAGAAUGGGAAGAAAGAGCUACUCACAUGGGGAGAAGUGGACCCAAAUGUGAAGGAGCAGAUAAGUAGCUAUUGCCACCUGUUGAAAGACGUGGACACCAGUGGUACUUUGGAUGUCCACCAGAUGGGAAGCCAAGAGCACAUCUUUAACAACCUCAUCACUUUGCUGCAGAAGCACGCGGAGGAAAAACAAGAAUCACUGCAAAACAAACUGAAGAACGCCGCCAUCUGUUUGAAGCAGGCACACAACUGGGUAGCGAAUAAAGUGGGGCUGGCUUUGCCCCAGUUGGCCUACAACCCUGGGAAGGGGGUGGAACAAGUGGAGGAAAACCCCCCAAAUGGGGAGAGUGCAAAUGGGGAGAGCGCCCAUGACCACACACAUGAGCAAGGAUUUGAUGGCGUUAUAGACUUGCCCCCCUUUGGCACCUCCGGCGCGCAGGCAUCUGUCUACUCGGACAGCAUGUACUGCAAUGGUGACUACUGCGAUAGGGCGAAGGAUAGCAGCAGUUGUAUGGCAAAGAUUGAGGCAGGGGAUCAGGGUGACUGUGCUAAUUCUUGGCUGUUCGCGUCGAAGGCGCACUUGGAAGCCAUCCAGUGCAUGAAGGGGCACGACCACGUCGGUGCAUCUGCUCUCUACGUGGCUAACUGUUCCGGUAAAGAAGCGAAGGACAAGUGUCACGUGGCUUCUAACCCGCUUGAGUUCUUAAACACCCUAGAGGAGACAAAAUUCUUGCCAGCCGAAUCUGACCUACCAUACUCCUACAAAGCGGUGAAUAACGUCUGCCCCCAACCGAAGAGCCACUGGAAAAACCUAUGGGCUAAUGUGAAGCUCCUAGAAAAGCAGUAUGAGCCCAACGCGGUAAGCACCAAGGGGUACACCGCCUACCAGAGUGACCAUUUCAAGGGAAACAUGGACGCGUUCAUUAAGACGGUAAAAUCCGAAUUGAUGAAAAAGGGAUCCGCAAUCGCCUAUGUGAAGGCGGCGGGAGCACUCAGCUACGACCUGAACGGGAAGAAGGUCCUCUCUUUGUGUGGAAGCGAAACGCCCGACCUCGCUGUUAAUAUAGUGGGCUAUGGAAACUACAUCAGCGCUGAAGGGCAGAAGAAAUCUUAUUGGCUACUUCAAAACAGCUGGGGAAAGCACUGGGGAGACAAGGGAACCUUUAAGGUUGACAUGCUUGGACCGGAUCACUGCCAUCACAACUUCAUUCACACCGCUGCCGUCUUCAAUCUGGACAUGCCUCAGGCCAACCCCCCUCCUGUGGAAUUCCAACUGAGCAACUACUACUUGAAGAGCUCCCCCGAUUUCUACACAAAUUUGUAUUAUAAAAAUGUUAAAGCAACUCCUGGCGGUGCAAAGGUCUAUGGCUCGGAGGGAGAAUCUGAGGUGACAGAAGGUGCUCAAAAUAGAGGUGCACAAACAGCACAAGAUAGAGGAAAGGUAUCACCAGGAACUGAACAACCAGAAAAAGCGGGAGGAAAUGCGGCACCAGAGGCUGCACAAAUAACAGAAGGGGGAGGAAAUAGAGCAUCAGAAGCUUCACCUGGAAUAGCAGUACCACCAACACCACAAGACCCUGCGGGUGGUGAUGUCUCAGCAGGAACGGGAGUAGAAAGUCCAGUUUCGUUACCACAAGCGGCAGGGGGCACACCUUCUGCAAGUCUAAACACCCAGGAAUCUUCAUCCCAAGCGCAAGAUCCCCAAUCCCCAGCAAGAGAAGAACAAGUUGCUGCCCCCCCACAACCAGACGUUCCCACACCAACGCCUCAACAGGCUUCGACGUCAGCGCUGGUGAAAGCCCCCCUCGCACAGAGCGCAGACGCCGAGAGCAAGGAAGUGCUGCACAUACUAAAACACGUUAAAGACAACAAGGUAAAAACAAACCUAGUGACAUACAGCACGACUAAGUCGAUCACUGAUGAUCACUCCUGUUCGAGGUCGCAUGCACAGGACCCGGAGAAGCAGAGCGAGUGCAUCGAUUUCUGUGAAAAGAACUGGAAUGCAUGCGCAGAUAAAAUAUCCCCAGGGUAUUGUUUAAUGCAAAAGAGGGGAAAGAAUGACUGCAUUUUCUGUUACGUGUAA